AUGGGACGCCGCCCACAGGGAAUGGCCGAAGCUAUUACCCCUAUGGGUUGUGGUCCACAGUGCGGGCAGGCCGCCCCUUGGAGGUCAGUCAUUUCAGAAGUAUCAAGUGAUGUAGUAAUUGAAGUAAAGGAUGCACAGUUUUUGUUACACAAAUUUCCACUUCUUUCCAAAUGUGGUAAAUUACAAAAACUAGCUGCAGAAGCUCGUCAAUCCAAGAAAGAUAAGUUGGAGCUUUUUGAUUUUCCUAGUGGUCCAGACGUGUUUGAGAUCUGUGCCAAGUUUUGUUACGGUAUCACAAUUACUUUAAGUGCUUUGAAUAUAGUGGCAGUUCGAUGUGCUGCUGAAUAUCUUGAGAUGAAUGAGGAUGUAGAAAAAGGGAACCUGAUUUUCAAAUUAGAGGUCUUUCUAAGUUCUAGCAUAUUGCGGUCCUGGAAAGAUUCUAUAAUGAUGCUGAAGACCACCAAAGCAUUUAUGCCUUGUUCUGAAGAUCUCAAACUUGUAAGCCGAUGCAUUGAUGCAAUUGCUUAUAGGGCAUCAGUCAGCGCUUCAAAAGUGGACUGGUCAUACACUAAUACUAGAUCUUCUCCAGCAAAAGAGGAAGGAACAUCCCAUAAUUCUACAACUCCAAUAGGGAACGGAAUUCAAAGCCGGCGAAGCCAUCCUGCUCCUAAAGAUUGGUGGGUAGAAGAUGUUGCUGAGCUGGAGAUUGAUUUGUAUUGGAGAGUAAUGGUGGCAAUUAAAUCAACAGGAAGAAUAUCCCAUGAAGUGAUUGGGGAAGCCCUACGUGUGUAUGCCUUUCAUUGGUUACCAGGUAUGUCAAAGGAAAUAACUCAUAGCCAUUCCUCUGAUAAUGCUGACAUUGCUGCCAAACAUGGACUUCUGUUAGAGACUGUUGUCAGUUUGCUACCAGCAGAGAAAGGUUCCACCUCGUGUAGUUUCUUGCUGAAAUUACUCAAAGCGGCAACCAUACUAGGUGCAUCACCUUCUUCAAAGAUGGAACUUGCUAGACGUGUAGGAAUGCAGUUGGAGGAGGCUUCUUUGAAUGACUUGCUAAUUCCAUCUCUCUCUUAUGCCAAUGAAACUCUUUAUGAUGUAGACCUUGUACAGACAAUAUUAGACCAUUUUAUAAUGCAAAACCAAAGCCUUCCCACAAGCCCUACCCGCACAACACAAGUAUAUGAGAAACGGCGAACACGAUCAACUGAAAAUAUUGAUUUCGUGGAGAGUAGGACAUCAACGGCUGCAACAAACAGUGCAAAGUUUAAAGUAGCAAAACUUAUAGAUGCAUAUUUGAUAGAGAUUGCUCGAGAUGCAAAUCUGCCAAUCUCUAAAUUUGUAGCCCUUUCAAAGGCUAUACCAGAUUUUGCACGUCCAGUACAUGAUGAUUUGUACAGAGCCAUUGACACAUACCUUCAUGAGCAUCCUUGAUUUACUAAAAGUGAGAGAAAGAGGAUAUGUCGACUCCUGGAUUGCAAGAAACUAUCAACAGAAGUUUGCUUGCAUGCUGCUCAGAAUGACCGCUUACCACUGAGGGUUGUUGUACAGGUCCUAUACUUUGAGUAGCUAAGAGCUGCAAUAGCAGGAGGUGGAGUGCAUGAGUUGCCAAGCAAUCUUAAAGCCUUAA